UAAUAAAUAUUCUAAGAUCAUACCUCUUUGAAAUAAGAAAAAUGUCUGCAUAAUUAUUUGGCGGCAUAGUAAAUAAAAGUCUACUGUUAGCGUGGAAUAAGCACCAAUUUUGUCAAAAUGCAAUCUAAUGCAAUGCAGUUUAUGCGUUUAAGUCAGAUAUGGGUACUUUUAGAUACACUUAAUAAGUCAAAGACGAAGAAAGUGCUAGUGAGGGAAAUUUCUUUCAAAAUCAAGUUACCACAAAGAGAAGUGCGAUUAGCACUAAGUUUACUGGAUGUAAUUCAAAAUAUCAAUGUUUAUAAAGAAUUUUUUGCGAAUUUGUGCUGUACUAAAUUUAAACGAAAACGCAAACGUAAGCCACUUGCAGAUUGCAAAACCUAUAAAGCCGAAAAGGAAAAUUACAGAGAGAAACUGAAAAAGUGACAGAAAACUAUUUCAAAAACAAACGUUAAAUCUAAGAGCUCAGAAUCAAUCAAUUUGGAGAAAAAAUAAAUAUGGACUCACAAAGCAACUUGUAACUAAAGUAGGAAAUCGUAGACGUAGAGAUCGGAACACGGUUAAUGAGAAAUUGAUCCAGAAAUACAAGCAAAUAAAGAUACGUAAGCCGAAAAGAAAAAAAUCACAAAAAAAUUGCAUCCAAUGAAUCGAGUAACAAUUUUUGCAACUGUCAAGGACUGACAUUAAGCGAAGUAAACUUCAAGAAAACGUAAACAUUGGAUAAUAUUUACUACAACUGAUAAUGAAAUGUAGAACCUAUUAAAACCAAACGCCUUAAACUCAAUGUAUUAGGGAAACCAGUGACAUCCAUCAACAAUUGCAAAACUAAUAUUAACGAAGGACAAAUUUUAUGUGAAAUGAAUCUCGAAGGAGAGGACGUCAUGGAGCAACAUUUUACUCAAAUCCAUAAAAUUAAAAAUUUUGGAACAUACGAUGUUGAUGCGAAAAUAGGCAUAGAUAUGAAAUCGAUGUACACUUCCCCAAGGAAUAUUCAGACCAGUAUGAAAGAAGAUACGCUUAAAUCUAUACGCCUAAUAAAAAGUAAACCUAUAAUGGUUGAAAGCAUAAAUAAUUCCAAAAAUUUCUUUGUGCAAAAACGUAUUGAAGAACAAUUCUAAAUCAAUUACGAUAAAUAUAAACGAUUGGAGCUCCGAAAAAUUUAUACUAUUAUAUU